GUUUUGGAUCCGAAACCAAAGAUUCUGGCUAACAUCACCAAGCCAAUAUAUCUGGUGGCCGCAACGUUAAGACCGGAAACAAUGUACGGUCAGACGAAUUGCUAUCUUCAUCCGGAUAUCAAGUACUCAGUUUUCUAUGCGAAUCCGGACGAGAGUGAGGUGUUCGUGGCCACUGCAAGAGCGGCUCGGAAUAUGAGUUAUCAAGGAAUGACUGCUGAGAAUGGAGUGGUGCAUUACGUUGAUGGACUGGAAAGGGUAGCUGGCAGUGAAUUGCUCGGUGCUGCGCUGAAGGGUCCGAUGACAAAGUACGAAAGAAUUUAUGCAUUGCCGAUGUUAACGGUUAAGGAUGAUAAGGGCACUGGUGUAGUGACUAGUGUGCCGUCAGAUGCGCCUGAUGAUUAUGCGGCAUUAUGCGAUCUGAAGAGAAAGAAGGCAUUCCGUGAAAAGUAUGGCAUCAAAGAUGAGAUGGUGAUACCCUUUGAGCCGAUUCCAAUAAUUCAAAUUCCCGAGUAUGGAAAUCUAGCGGCCGUUUUUAUGUGUGAAAAGCUGAAAGUGGAAAGUCAAAAUGAACGCGAUAAAUUGGAAGAGGCGAAGAAAGAAGUUUAUCUGAAAGGAUUUUAUGACGGGGUUGGUGAUGUUCUGGAGUUUUUUAAUUUGAUUGCGCAAUACACUGUUACUGUUUGA